GUGUUAGGUCCAUGGUAUGUCACUCGUUGUUGCUCCGAUUCACAGAAAAAUAGGACUUAUACUUGUUUCCAGCAUGGCACCAACGCUCUCGACAGUACUCAGCGACGAUACACUCAUUCUCAAAGUGAGUGAAAGCAUCGAUGCAGUCACCUUCUAUGCCCGCCUCGGUCGCGUUCUUUUAGAAAGCGAAGCGGAGGCUACCAACGUGUUGGGGAAACCAGUACCUAACUAUGAAGAUGCCAUGUAUAAGUGCUUGUAUGCAUGGCGUAACGCACAUGGCAAGGGAUGGGAGGAAACAUUGAUUGGGAUUUUUAAAGAGUUUAGGCUAGACGCUGCCGCGGUCCAUCUAAUGAAUGAACGACUGGAGGAUGGGAACACGAACCUUUUGCGUAAACCGGAUGCAUUCCUAUUCGAGUUGGUCGAAAAGAUAGACUGCAAGACUAACUACAACAAGUUAGGCACACGACUAGUGAAUAUAAAAGCCCAGUACUUUCUUGGGCCUACUGCAUCGUACGCUGACGCCCUAUUCACAUGUAUGAUUCGGUGGAGAGAAGCGAACGGAAGAAGUACCGAUUCAUAUACCAAAUUUAGAGGUAUCCUGAUGAACGUUGGACUGGUAGAACAAGCAGAACAGAUGGAUAAACUUGAAGAAGGAGGAGGACAAGAUGAUGUUGAUCUACCAAGCGUUCCAGGUUCACCCACUAACGCCACCCAUCCAGAACUAGAAGCUUGUGUCUAAACACUUGUUAAGG